AUGUCGUGUCAGCAAAGACAUGCUGCCUGCAGUUCCGGCUCGGCUGCUAACGGUCACACAGCACGCUAUGCACCCACCAUGAGGCAGCCGGCUGGGGGGCGCGGCAGGCCGCAGCACCUCACGUGUCCGCCGCCGUCGCACCUGUACCCCGCCGACCGAGCGGACCGCCCGAAGCAGAGUCAUCUGUGGCGCGUGACAGUAAAAUCGGAGGCCGAGGAAGAGAACGUAAUUGACCUCGGGGCUCCACACCUAGUCCGCAGCCGCACCGCAGGCCUCGUGGUGGGGGGUGCUGCUGCGCCGCGCGCCGCCCGCGCUGCGUACACGCCCAACCCUCGCCUGUACCCGGGCCCGCCGAAGCGUCAAGUCGAAACUAAACAGAAGCGCAAGAGCAGCGGUAGCCGCAAGAAGGCUGUAUAUCGGCGGCCCGUACCAAACUCGCGUCUGUACCGACCCGCGCCGCCGAAACCACCCCCGCCCCCAGCUAACCCACGCACCGUCUGGCGGCCCCCCGUACAGGGGAAGUUAGAUACAGCAUCCCGCGCCGCGCUUCGGCUCAUCGGGGUCCUCAGAUCACACUCACCGAACCCCGGCCUACCUGACCCCCGACCUCCUACCGGUCUGUCCCGGUGGUCGGAUCAGACUGAAGCAUCAGUGCCUACGCGAACUGGGUCGUGGCAUUUGCUAAAAAAGCUUCGUGGGAUCAGACAGAGCAGGUCACCGUCCCCGGGUGAAUUUCGGAAGCUUAUUGUAAAGCUGCCGGCGGCGGCGGGCGACGGGAACCCGAGCGAGCCGAGCCUGCGCUACCGUCCCGCUAGUCAGCACUUCCGGGACCGGGAGCUUCGCUCGCGGGACUCGACGCCUACGGGGGGACGCGUCAUUCAGCAAUCGACACGAGGCAACAUGGACACCACGCCGCGACACUCCACUAGUCCCGAGGACUGCUCGGAGGGAAAUGAUCCGCAGUCGGCGCCCAGCGAGUUCCUUGCCGAGUUCCUAUCAGCGAUAAUGCGUCGUCAAUACGCCGAAGCGCUAAAGUACUGUCGGCUGAUCCUCCAAUACGAGCCGCGCAACGCCACCGCGCGCGGGUUCUACCCGCUGCUGCAGCAGAAGCUGGCGCAGCAGAGCCCGAGGACCGGCGACAAAACCUCGCCGCCGAGGACUCGCCACCAGCGUUCCAAAGCUAGCCGCUCCCCUGACUUAGGAGGUGCGUCCAGCGGUGGUAACUCUGAAGCGUCCUCGCCUGUGCCACAAGGUCAUUUACCACAUGAGGUGAUGGAGCAGGAGGCGGACUCGCUGUCAUGUUCGGACGCUCGGCCCGGCAGCGCGGGCAGCAGCGAGCGAAGCGAGCCAGAACCCGGCCUAGCCUCAGUUUCUUCGCAGUCCUCAUUGGAGUUGGAUUCUUCUGCCGCACACUCCUCGCCCAGCCUGUCGCUCAGCCGCCGCACUGACAACUUGUGCGACGCGGAGAACAACCAGCCGGCCGCGUCGGCCGCGGGCCGCUCGCCGCGCAGCGCCGCCCGCGCCGCGCGCGCGCCGCCGCUCACGCUGCAGAGCGACCAGUCUACGGAGUCGCUCCGGCGGCUGCGCGCGCAGUUCGCCUGCUCCAUCAAGUGAGCAGCCAGCCCUGUGGUCUUGUAACACGUCUGUAAUAAGUUCCCGCUGUACUAUACACUGUUUACUGUA